AUGCAGACACCCCACUCGGAAUUCAAUAUCUCCGACACUGUUUCAGAUAUCACCGGUGCACUACAAAACAUAAUCGCACGUUCGCAAGUGAUUAUUCCAGUCCUUGAAACUCCGUACUCCAGAUCCCCCAAUACCGACCACUCUACCAUCGAGCUCGAAUGUCAGAGCGUUGUCAACAUUAUCGCUCAGCGCCAGCAGCAAUUGGAUACAGUUCUGCAUGAGAUCUCGGGCCUGGUGGCCGUGAUGGAUAGUGUCAAAAAUCUUCAUCAGGCAGUCCUUGAGAAGAAGGAGAAGAUCACGCAGUCGAUGAAUCUUCACAAGGGACUGCUAUCGGCUCUCUGGCGCUUCCCAACGGAAAUUUUAUCCCAAAUAUUCAACCACUGUCUCCCUGAAAACAUAAUAUGUCUAUCCCCAUUGAGGCUCCGAGUUAAAACCCCCACACUGUUAACGGGAAUAUGCCGAGGAUGGAGGGAGGUUGCUGUGGGUACGCCCGAAUUAUGGUGCAGGUUGUAUGUGAAAACCGACCGCAGACACUGGGAGCAGGCAGCUUUGCACUAUGACUUGUGGCUCAAGCGUUCACGAGGGUGUCCGCUCUCGUUAGAACUGGGGGACCACUACUCGACCAAACUACGAAGCCUUCUUCAGCCUUAUGCGAGUCACAUCACAUCUUUUCACGUCCAUGCUGGUUACUUCCGUGACAGACACCCUCAGCUGUCUGCUACAGACCUCCCAGAACUUCAGGAGCUAGCCAUACUAGGGACGACAAAUCGUGAUAUUCCAACCAUUGCACAAUUUAUCUCGCGACUGCCGUCUACUAUGCGUACUCUAAAGUUCAUUGGCACGGGAGUGUUUUUCGACAUUGAGCCCUUGUCUUCUUUCAGUCCUGUAUGGGCUCACCUGACAGAUAUCCGGAUCGCCGUAUGUCACCCGAACGUAUUCCUCCAUUUGCUUCAGCUAUGUCCCAACCUCUCCUCCUUAUAUAUCCACAUAGCAAUGGACCAAAGAGGACCCUUGAAAUCAUUCACGCACACCAAACUACAAUCCUUAUACAUCCUUCAUGAUGCUUUGCACACGUACCAUUUACCUGAGCUGCUCAAUGCUCUAUCACUCCCCAAUUUGUGCACGCUUCGUACUCACUACGAUCGCUACAGUGAAUCUUGGCCUCAUAAGAAUAUGAAGGCAUUUUUGGCACGGUCAAAGUGUCUACUGGAGACCCUGACUAUCGGUCGAGCGACGAUAACAGAUGCGCAACGAGCGGAAUAUGUUUCCCUCAUUCCUUCGCUCAAAGUAGUGAAUCAUAGUAGUUCAUGA